GCUGCCGGAGCCCAUUCACCCGCUCGCAGUCAGUGCUCGAACGUUAAAGUGUCCACAUCAACCGUGCCAGGACUUAUAACAAACAUGAAUACGCGGUGUUUAUUAGUGCUCGCGGCCGCCCUCGGCGUAGCUGUGGCCCAAGAAUCCUUCAAAUGCCCAGACGACUUCGGAUUUUACCCCCACCACAUCUCCUGCGACAAAUACUGGAAGUGCGAUAACGGUGUCGCUGAACUGAAGACAUGCGGCAAUGGACUCGCUUUCGAUGCCACAGACUCAAAAUACCUAACUGAGAACUGCGACUACCUCCACAAUGUUGAGUGCGGAGAGAGGACACAACUUGAACCACCAAUCUCAACCCCCCACUGCGCACGGCUAUACGGAAUCUUCGCUGAUGACGCCAAGUGUGAUGUCUUCUGGAACUGCUGGAACGGUGAAGCGUCCCGCUACCAGUGCAGUCCCGGCCUUGCUUACGACAGGGAAUCUCGCGUAUGCAUGUGGGCUGACCAAGUGCCAGAGUGCAAGAACGAAGAAGUAGCAAACGGAUUCUCUUGCCCCGCACCUGGUGAGGUGUCCAACGCUGGAUCCUUCAGCCGUCACGCCCACCCUGAGGACUGCCGUAAAUACUACAUCUGUUUGGAAGGCGUAGCCCGUGAGUACGGUUGCCCCAUCGGAACCGUCUUCAAGAUCGGAGACUCUGACGGCACUGGAAACUGUGAAGAUCCCGAAGAUGUUCCCGGAUGCGAGGACUACUAUGGUGACCUGGAUCUGAAGGCUAUCCGCAAGAGCGAACUCCUGGCUGGUCUCCAACAAGAUGGUGCUCACCGCGUCACCCAGCCCAAGCAGCUCAAACCCCGUCCCCAAAAGGAAAAUUAAACUCUUCCCCCACCUUUAACCUCUUAAUACUCAUCGUUAUCUACAUGACAGAAUUUUUUCGCACUGAUAGUAGUAUACCCCGGCCUACAAGUCAGUAGAUGCAGUUUUUGACCCCGCUGACAGUUGUUAAUUUAAAAAAGAAAAUGCCACUGUCAGUGCGUAAAGAUUUCGUUCCAGGUUCAAAUUUAAAUUGGAAUUAAGUGUGGAGAGUUGUAUUUGUUUCUAGUUGCCAAAUACGUUUCGUAGCCUUUUAUAAAGCAGUUUCAUAGGCAGGUUAGGAAAUUAGUAGAAAAAACUACAGCGAUAGAGAAUAAUUUAUUAUAACAUUGUACCAUAUUUUCAUUAGUUCUUUAACACUCAAAAUCGGAAGUAUUUAACCGUCAUCUGUUUUAUAGAUUUUGUACCUAAUUGCAAUUUAAGGAGAUAUAAGCAGGUUUGCAUUUAAUUUAGUUUUGUGUAGUAGCAUUGCCGUUAAUUCAUUAGAUCACCGUGACCUUGUAAAUAUUAUGAACUGAAUUAUCUCGCUGCGACUGAGUGUUGUUGUUUGAUAGAAACUGUAAUACUUAAGUUUUAUUUUUAGUAAUAUAAAUAAACAUAAAAUAUUAAAAUUUAUCGUUGUC